UACACCACAUCAAACAAUAAACUAUCCAUGCCAACUAUCGAAGAAGGUGCUUCUACCUUGUCAUCCUCUAUCAGUUUGGUGAAAACCAUCCUAGGAGCAGGUUUGCUUUCUAUGCCAUUAGCUUAUUCCACUGAUGGGAUAGUUUUUGGUACCUUUAUUAUUCUCCUUGCAGCAGCCACUUCAGGUUAUGGUCUAUUCUUGCAAUGUUACGUAUCCAAAUAUGUUCCUGUUGGACAUGCUACAUUCUUCAAUGUCUGUUCCAUCACAUAUCCGCAGUUAUCUGUGGUGUUUGACGUUGCUAUUGCAAUUCAAUGCUUUGGGUGCGCGAUUUCUUACCUUGUUUUAAUUGGAGAUUUAAUGCCAACUAUUGUCACAUACAUCCCCCAUAUCGCUCCUGAAAAUCAUAGAUUGUUUUGGUUAUUGGUAUCUACAGUAAUCACGGUUCCAUUGUCGUUUUUAAAGAAUUUGGACUCGUUGAAAUACACUUCUAUUUUGGCCCUUGUCGCCAUUUUUUAUAUGCUGGGGUUAGUGGUUAGCCAUUAUUUUGUCAAUGACAUUCCAAGUGAUUUGAAGGGAGAAAUUAUUUUGGGUCCACUAAGUCUCACUGGGGUGUGCAGUACAUUUUCCAUUAUUGUGUUUGCUUUCACAGGUCAUCAAAAUAUGUUUUCCAUCAUUAACGAAGCUAAAGAUCGCAGUUUGUCCAGUUUGACCCUGUUGGUUAAUUUUGCAGUUUUGAUUUCAGCUGCGUUGUUCAUUGUUGUUGGAUUAGCGGGGUACUUGACUUUUGGUGAUUUGGUUAAUGGUAAUGUUAUUUUACUGUACCCUUCAGGACCAAGUACUACUUUGGGUAGAUUCUGUAUUGUCUUUAUGGUGGUUUUCUCAUUCCCAUUGAUGUUACAUCCAGCAAGAAUUUCUUGCAAUAACAUAUACUAUUGGCUCAAGGUCAACUUAUGGCAUCAAGAACAAAAGGAACUUACUGAAGAUAGUCCAUUAUUGGGUGAACCAAUUGAAGUGGAAGUCGAUGUGCGUGAUGAUGGAAGUUUACAUAGCAAGCCAACACACAUUGUUCCAUUCUCCCACACCACAUUUGUAAUUAUCACAACAGUUUUAUUAAUUGUCGGUUACAUCUUGGCGAUUUCACUUAAAUCAUUUGCAUUCGUAUUGGCAGUGGUCGGAGCUACCGGGUCCACCUCAAUUUCAUUUAUUUUACCCGGGUUAUUUGGAUAUAAAUUAAUUGGUUCUGAACUGGACGAUCCUACACCUUUGGAAGUUAUUUUCAAGUGGCUUUCUUUAGCAUUGACUGUAUGGGGUUUUGCCGUUAUGGUAUUGUGUUUAUAUAGUAGUUUAGCAUUGUAAAUUUUUAAUCGAGUUAUUUACAUUUUCAUGUAUCACUCACACAAUAUAAAUAGGCGAGAUUUUAGUCUAGACCCUGGAGC